AGAUAAUUGUUAUUGUUAGCUUGUUAGCUAGCAGGCGACCGGGUGAAUGGGGAUAUGACAGAGUAAUAACGUCUUAUUACAUGUGCGCGAUUAAGUUAUUACAAACGUAACGCGAUGGAGGACGCGAACAGGACUGAUGCUGCUUCCACAUCCAAGAGCCACGCAGUUCACCUGCAGACUCCCAAAAAUGAGGACGCCUAUGAAAUUUCCAUCCCCUAUGAAGAGAGCAACUUUGAGCAGCCAGGAUUUUUCAAUCAGAGCGAUCAGAAUUUUGAAGAGUCGACCCCAUCUGCUGGCGCAUCUCAAGUCAACAACUCAUACAUGGUGAUCACCAACCUGAGGACUCAGCUGCAGAUCUCUCUGGAGAAAAACUCUUGGCUGCAGAAAAGAAUCGAGGACUUAGAGGAGGAGAGGGACUUCCUCCGUUGCCAGCUGGACCGCUUCAUCUUCUCCACAAAGAGCCAGGGACAGGAGCAAAGUCCGAGCCAGUACAGCAACGGUUUUGAAUCUAGACGAUUCAACUGGAGGGCAAGAAGAGAGGAAGAUCGUCCCAGUGAGCAACAGAAGUCUGAGUCUCAGCAUUUCCCCUCACGUCAGUUUAUCCAACGAAGGCCUGGUCCUCCAACGAUGGUGCCUUCCAAGAACCAUGGCUCCAAUCCGCUAACCAAUCAGCUUGCCUCUAUUAAUGCUUUGUUCAGCUCUACACAAUCCCAGGCCAUCUUGCAAGGCCACAGCCAUAGUACUCCCAAUACUUCAGCCAGCGGCAGCAGUGGCAACGGCAAUAGUGCUACGAGGUCAUCCAUGAGUGAAAUGAGUGGGCACAGCAACAUAGGCCCAGAUUCACUUUCACUCUUGGGAGAGUCUGAUGAGUACUUGGAGCAGGACGGCUACCUCGAGGAAGAGGAAAUGAUGUCGGGGGAAGAUUUAAUGCAAGGCACCAUUAACGGCAACAGACACCAAUUCAAGAGGAGACGGAUCUUCCGAGCCCCUAGAGAGCGGCAAAGAGUGAAAGAUGCUGCUGGAGUGCUGUUUCGCUACAAGAAGAUCCUGCUUACAUACCAGCGUCUGAAAAACAUGUCGAAAGCCUUCCAAAUCCACGGUGUGGACCGCAACACGGUGGCUUCUACUACGCCCAUUGCCGAGCUGCUUCUAGUCGCCCCGGAGAAAGUGGCGGAGGUGGGCGAGUUUGACCCGUCCAAGGAGAAGCUGCUGGACUACGCCCGGCGCUGCUACGCGGCGCUGGACGAGGAGACGCUGAGCAGGGUGCAGGCCCUGAAAAAGAAUAACCUGCUCCUGCCCAUCUCCUACAGGUUUAGACACUGAGGAGAGACAAAACAAACAGGAUUUAUUUGUGGAAAUCGAUGAAUAGUGGACAGAAGAGGCAGUUUGCUUCGGAUGCUGCGUGCCGCCUCAUUUCUGCACAGACACUUCCAGAGGCAUUAGGAAUUAGUUUGCUAUGUCUGCAUCCUGGAUGUGGCCGUGUGAACUGUGGCUGAGAUUAGGGCUGGGCGGUUUGGCCAAAUGGCCGUACGGAAAUCUUAUACCGGUGUACCGUUUGAACCGGUGUACCGCCAAGCCCUAGCUGAGAUCCUUUACCUUUCAAAGCAAAUACACAUCUCACAUUUAUUUCAGUUUCUUUGGUGAAUCCUGGCCAAUAUUCCAGGCAAUAUUUAAGGGAAGUGGCAGCUGCGUUCAGAGAGAUAAAGGAAACAUGGUUGUCAUUCAUGUCCGUGCGGUUCAGAAUGUGUCGUUAAUGUUUGGACUGUUUUUCUUCAGCACAUACGUACAAUCAUUUGUGUUUUGGCCUCGGAUAUGGCAGAGACACACACAUCUUUCGUUCCUGAACAUCUGGAUCAGACUGUGGAGAAUAGAACCAUUAAGUGAUAAUCUGUUAUUUCAGUUGUUGGCAGUCUAAAUGAUUAACAAGCAUAGCGAUUUUCUAUCACAUCAUUUGUGUUCCUACAAUCCUACAAAUGCGGUGGCUUUCUCUCACAGUGUCCAUGGACGCUGAAAUGAUACUGCACUCCAUAUGUUUUGUUGUGUCUUUGUUGUAGUAUUUUUUACAUUUGCGUCAUUAUAUCUUCAAACAUUUUCACUUCACAUUCUCACAUCUUUGGGAUUUCCCUGCGCUUUUUGACAGUUUUGACAGUACAUUCCCUACCGGAACCCCCACUACAUUAGAGUCAUUAACGGCCUCUUUUUAUUUCCAUUUCCUGGGCCAUAAGGGAAAGAGGAACGACACGUAUCCAACAGGUCACUGUGUUUUUUGUUACAAAGAGAAGGACAAACACAAACAGGUUUUUGGUUUUGUAUGUGUUAAUAACCGUUGGUCCUGUGCUCGAUUUGAACAGCAAUACUGCCGCAUUGUUGUGCCAACCUUUUUUUUAAUUAUCCGUACUGAAAUACACAGAUUGUCUUCUUAUGCUUCUGGUAUUAAGACUGUUGCUAUAAUGCUUUUGUGACAAAAAAUACUUUUUUAAGUCGGUGCACAGCUUUUAUCAAACUAUCUAUUUGUAACUCAAUGUAACUUCUGGUUCUGUGAGGAAAUCUGUGGGCAUUAAUACCACUAACAACUGUAUAAUGUCAGUCACAGAAUCAGCAGAAGCAAUCAGCUUACCAGUAUUUCACGACACAUUCAAAAAGAGCUUGAUAGUCGCGUCAAAAUUCAUAAUAGUCAAAGCCGCAGACAUGUUGAUUAUAUUGUAUACUAAUGCGUGGUGUUUAUAUUGGUGCAGUGAAGUUAUGAUAUUAUUAUGCUAUUAUGCUAAAACAGAUUAGGUAACAGUGGAAUACAGUGACUCAACUUUUUCAAGUAAACAGAAGUGAUGCUAUUUUCACUCAAUGAUUGUUUGUAUGGCUACAAAGCAAGCAGUGCAGCUUAUAAGCAGACUUUGCAAAAUCAUAAUGGUUCAUAGCGUUUAAAAAAUAAUGAUUUAUUUGCCAUAUUUGUAUGUUGUAUAUUUCUGUAUGUUGACUGAAAUUUGUAUCUCACUGAAAAAAUGCUUAUCAUUCACCAAAAUGUAUAGUAAGACACACAUUUCAUCAAGGCAUUUAAUUCCUUAAAAAAUGUAGAUUUAUUAAUCUAUAAAAUCCAACAUUACUCA